AUGAGCGACGUCAGCGAAUCAUCAAAUACUGAAACACAAAAGGGAGGUGUCACGGAACGCAAAAAGAUCAAGCGCGUUUCCACUGACGGGUCCGAGAAAAAGUCGGUCGACUACCUAAAGUUAAACCUGAAGGUUCCGACAUUCAGCCCAGACGACCCAGAGAUAUGGUUUGCAUUGUUGGAAGGGCAAUUUAACAACUUUGGCAUAACUGACGAUUUUAUGAAAUUCAACAACGUCAUUACCAACCUGGAUAUACACCAUGCCAAGACGGUUAAGGACAUUAUCGUGAACCCACCAGACACAAACCGAUACAACAAGAUCAAAUCAGAGCUGAUCAAACGGCUAACGGCCUCACACGAGAAAAAAGUUAAACAACUCUUGACAUACGAAGAACUCGGAGAUCGAACUGCGUCUCAAUUUCUACGCCAUCUUCUGGAUCUAGCUGGCCCAGACGUACCUCAAGAGUUUGUAAGAUCAAUCUGGACAAACCGCCUGCCCAAACAAAUACAAACGGUGCUCACAACGCAGCCAACUCACUCCCUGGAGCAGCUAGCAGACUUAGCAGACCGCAUACAAGAGAUCACAGGACCUGGAUGUCACGUGGCUACCACUUCGAAACCAACUGCAUCAAGCAGCAACGCCUCGAACAGCGAGAUCGCAGAACUACGGAUGAUGGUAGAACGCCUAGAAUCAAAAAUGGACCAGUACUCGAGAGCGUCGCGCCCCCAAAACCGGUCUAGACCACAACAGCGCCAACCAUCUUCAAGAAGUCAAUCCAGAUCGUCUUCCGACUACAAUCGGCACCCAGUCUGUUGGUAUCACUGGAAAUAUGGUUCGAAAGCGCGCAAAUGCCAAAAGCCUUGUGAUUAUAAGGCGGGAAACGACGUGGGCGGUCAUUAA